CCCGCCCCGCCCCGCCCCGCCGCGGGGCAGGACCUGCUGCCGCCCGGGACUGGGGAGCGCAGCGAGUCGCGCGGGGGGAGCGGGGCGGGCGGCCGGGCAGCCGGCGGCGCCCCGGCCUCUCCCCGCCAGGCGGUCUCAGGCCCCCGGGAACCCUCCCCGCUUCUUCCCACCCUCCCCGCCCUGCCCCGCGUUCCCGACCGCCGCCUCUCCUCACGCCUGGACCUGCCCUUCUCGGCGCCCCUGUUCUCCAGGGAGAUGCGAUGAGCCGGCGCCCCCGCGUCCUCAUCGCCGUCCCGGGCACGGUGCCCGUCCGGUGCCCGUGGUGGGGAGGGAGCCCCCCUCGACCCCUUCGUGACGCCCCUCCCUUGGGCCCCCGCCCAGCUGGAGGCCCUGGGCCAUGCCCCAGGGGACCCAUCCGGGAGGUCGGCUCUAGAGCGAGGAGGGUGGAGAAGAGAGAGGACGGGGCCUUGGGCGCCUCUGAGAUGCUCCCAAGCGCCGGUGGAGCCCGAGCGAGGCGCAGGCAACCGCGCGGCAGGCAUGAUGCCCUCGCCCAGUGACUCCAGCCGCUCGCUGACCAGUCGACCCAGCACCCGGGGCCUUACCCACCUCCGCCUCCACCGACCCUGGCUGCAGGCCCUGCUCACGCUGGGGCUGGCUCAGGUGCUCCUGGGCAUCCUGGUGGUCACCUUCAGCAUGGUGGCCUCCUCCGUCACCACCACCGAGAGCAUCAAGAGGUCCUGCCCGUCUUGGGCUGGAUUCUCGCUGGCGUUCUCCGGGGUAGUUGGCGUUGUGUCUUGGAAGCGGCCAUUCACUCUAGUGGUCUCCUUCUUCUCCUUGCUUUCGGUGCUCUGUGUCAUGCUCAGCAUGGCUGGCUCUGUUCUCUCCUGUAAGAACGCUCAGCUGGCCCGAGACUUCCAACACUGCUCCAUGGAAGGGAAGGUCUGUGUGUGCUGCCCCUCCAUUCCCCUGCUUCGGCCCUGUCCAGAGUCGGGGCAGGAACUGAAGGUUGCCCCCAACUCCACCUGUGACGAAGCCCGAGGGGCCCUCAAGAACCUGCUCUUCAGCGUCUGCGGGCUCACCAUCUGUGCCGCCAUCAUCUGUACCCUCUCAGCUAUUGUCUGCUGCAUCCAAAUCUUCUCCCUGGACCUCGUGCACACGCAGCUGGCCCCAGAGCGCUCGGCCUCAGACCCCUUGGGGUCUCUGGGCUGUACGUCCUCGCCGCCAGCCCCUCUGCUACACACCAUGCUGGACUUGGAGGAAUUUGUACCGCCGGUGCCCCCCCCACCUUACUACCCCCCAGAGUAUACCUGCAGCUCGGAAACAGACGCCCAGAGCAUCACCUACAAUGGCUCCAUGGACAGCCCGGUGCCCUUGUACCCUACUGAUUGUCCCCCUUCUUAUGAGGCCGUCAUGGGGCUACGAGGAGACAGCCAGGCCACUCUGUUUGAUCCACAGUUUCACGACGGCUCCUGCAUCUGUGAGCGCGUGGCCUCCAUCGUAGACGUGUCCAUGGACAGCGGGUCUCUGGCGCUGUCCGCCAUCGGUGACCUCCCCGGGGGCUCGAGCCCGUCGGAGGACUCGUGCCUGCUGGAGCUGCAGGGCUCCGUGCGCUCCGUCGACUACGUGCUCUUCCGCUCCAUUCAGCGUAGCCGCGCCGGCUACUGCCUCAGCCUGGACUGCGGCCUGCGCGGCCCCUUCGAGGACAGCCCCCUGCCGCGGAGGCCCCCCAGGGCCGCCCGCUCCUACUCCUGCUCCGCCCCCGAGGCCCCGCCCCCUUUGGGGGCCCCCACGGCCGCCCGCAGCUGCCACCGGCUGGAAGGCUGGCCUCCCUGGGUGGGACCCUGCUUCCCCGAGCUGAGGCGGCGGGUCCCACGGGGCGGCGGCCGGCCGGAGGCGGCAGCGGCCCCCCCUCCCCGCGCCCCCACUCGCCGCUUCAGCGACAGCUCAGGUUCCCUCACCCCCCCGGGGCACCGGCCUCCGAAUCCGGCUCCCCCGCCACCGCUGCUGCUGCCACGGUCCCACAGUGACCCGGGCAUCACCACCUCCAGCGACACCGCUGACUUCAGGGACCUUUAUACCAAAGUGCUCGAGGAAGAAGCUGCUUCCGUUUCCUCUGCAGAUACAGGGCUCUGCUCUGAAGCCUGCCUCUUCCGUCUAGCCCGCUGCCCUUCUCCCAAGUUGCUACGUGCCCGCUCAGCCGAGAAACGGCGCCCUGUGCCCACCUUUCGAAAGGUCCCCCUGCCCUCGGGCCCUGCACCUGCCCACUCCCUGGGAGACCUGAAGAGCAGCUGGCCAGGCCGGGGCUUGGUCACUCGUUUCUUCCAGAUUUCCAAGAAGGCCCCAGACCCCAGUGGCAAUGGGGCCCAUGGGCUUAAGCAGGUGCCCCACAGCCCGUGGGGCCGGCCAGGCCGAGAGAGCCUCCACCUUCGAAGCUGUGGCGACCUGAGCUCCGGCUCUUCCCUGCGGCGCCUUCUGUCUGCUCGCAGGCUGGAGCGUGCCACCCGCCCCCACAGCCUCAGCCUCAACGGGGGCAGCCGGGAGACAGGGCUCUGACCUGGGCUUCUUGCCACUGUGAACAGAUCCGGGUGAAUGCUGGGGCCACAGGCACCAGCUGGUUGGGACCAACAACCCCCAGCGCCCCACGCACUGGCUGACACAAAAAGAAACCCGCUGAACACCCCCAGAAGUAUCCCUUUGCCUCCUACCUCCGGGGGCUCCUGCUGCUUGGCUCUGCCCCUCUGGACCAGGGGAGCUGCUGUCCUGUGCUGCAUGGGCAUUCAGGCUGUGGGGGAGAGGCCCCCGCUUACAGCAUUGGAAGAGGAAGAUAAAGUCUUAUCCCCCAGCAUGAAAGAGCUCUCUCUGAUUUGACAGGGACACUAUGGCCAGGGCAAAGGCGUGGCCCAGUGCUUAAGCACAGGGGGGCUGUGUGCCUGUGUAAUGGGGUGGUAAGGCAUGAAGAGUCCAAAAAAUCUGGGGGACUCUCAGCUCUGCCACCUCUAGCUGCAUGACCUUGGGCGAGUUAUUUAACCUCAAUUGCCUGAUCCAUAAAACAUCGUGAAGAUGAAUGUUUGUAAAGCUCUGAAUACACGGAAUAAGCCUUCAAUAAAUUUCAAUUUUCCCCUUCUCUUCUGGA